AUGGCUCCGCGAGGAUUCACACUCCCUCCGGCCAAUACCCAAUCUGCGAAACAAGCACGUAGCGCGUUCUUUUGUUCAUUAUGCCAAAAAGGCUACAGUCGCAUGAACGAAUUCGAGGCUCAUGAAUCCUCCUACGACCAUCAACAUAAGAAGAGACUGAAGGAAAUGAAAGAGAUGCAGAAACAAGUGCAGCCAAAGAAGGAAGAGAAAGGUCCCUUGAUGCAGAUAAAACUGGGAGCUCCGACGAAAACCGUGGCAACCGGAGGGGGUGGCUUCAAGAAAGGCGGCUUUAAAAACGCCUUUGCGCCCAUGGAUGAGGAUGACAAAAUUGGAGAUGAGAAGAAGGAUGACGGUGGUGUCCCGGAUGAGAAACCCGAACUUGAUGAGGUCGACAGCGAUGUGACCGACGAUGAGGACUACUAUGAUCCCAGAAGACCUACAGGGUGUAUGCCCGGAUGCAAAGGCCAUGUUUCCGCCGUUUCUUGA